CUGAGUUCUUCCUUUACUCUUUUAGUCAACUAAUACUGAAAUAAUUAGUUUCAGAAGAAAGGGAUUGUUACUAGAAAUGGGUCCAUGUGGAAAUAUGGGAAAGUUUAUUACAUUAUUUUUUCUAACUAUCUUUGCAGAGAGACAUGCUAAAUGCAAAGCUGCAUCCUGUUCAUGUGAUUUAAAGGGCAUUGUAUGUGAUACCAACUGUUGUUGUGAUCCUCAAUGCACAGUUGCGAACAAACUUGCAUUUAGUGAGUGCAUCCAGAUGAAGGAGAACCGCAUUGAAAAGGUUUGUGUGUCUGACAGUGUACUUUACUCAACAAAUGGAAAGUAUCAAGCUGAAGGCUCUGCAAUGGGAUUGUUCUGCAUCUUCAGAGACAACUAUGAGACAAGGCAUUUUUAUUCUACAGUCUCAUCUGUUACUUCCCAAAACGCCUUUAAUGAUCUCUUAAUGAAAUAUCAGACAUCAACAUAUGGUGUGGCUUCAACGCUAAUAUUUAGUUAUGAAAAGUCGUUCAAGGCUGGAGAUCCCCUAUUUGUGCUAUUAAGUGACAAUAAGCAAGGGUAUAUAUCACAUCCAACAUCUUUUACAAGUGGAUUCUGUGAAGACAGCAAUAAAGCCAGGUUUUUGGAAAGCAAUACAACUGUGUGCUCCCGUCAAGUAUUGAAUUUAUCUUCCCAAUGUACGUCUGAAAAAGGUUGGGAUGCUAAAGGUUAUGCUGUUGGAUUUAAGGUUGCACCGUUUCCAUCCUUUAUUUUGGGAAUAAAUAUAUUCCUAACAAGAUCUAAUAUGUCCUCAUCAAAUAAUAGUGUGGAUUUGGUAUCAGUAACAGAUCCAAGAUUGGUAGAUCCAACUUUAAAUUUGCCAUUUAAAUGUAAAGAUGAUAGUGGUUCAGUUUCAGACUGUCCCUUCACAACGUUGCCAUCUCCCUCUUAUUCUGGUGAUGUUGGUUCUGGAAAGUGUGAUAAUGUUGUUAUUGAGGUGCAGUAUAAAGUGAAUUUCACCAUUAACACAACUGUGGAAGUCUCCGAGGUUGAGAUUUCUUUUGUUCUGGGAAGUAUUUCUGACAACACCAAGUUUUUUCAGCAAACUCACACAAUGCUAUUUGAAGAGAAACCUGUUGGUGACAUUACCAAUACUACGGUUAUUGCGCGUAGUGGCAAUCCUGGUUAUGUUUUAGGUCUUCCUGUAGUAUCAGGAAAGGUCUUUGUUGAUUUUGCAACUCAAUCAAAUUUUAUUGCGGUGAACCAGGAAAGAUCUUCCUGGUUUUCUACGAUCACUUCAUCAAGUCAAGGUUUAUGCUCUACCACAGCACUUCGACUCCCCAUAUCGUUUGGUACAGACUUCAGAAGUGGGUGCUUUAUGAUUGUAAAAGAUGCAAUGACUUUGACUGAAUGUGAACAGCUACAGAAAGAUAUAUAUAGUGUGCUGCUAAGAGAUCUUCCUUCACAUAUUGCUUCAUUUGGUAAUUCAACUGGCACUGCUAUUGAUCAAUGGGUGGCGGUUAUUAACAAUCAGCCGACAGCUGUGGUCUCAGUUUCGAACAGUCAAUGUGGCAACAUGGUGACUGGGGUACUGUUUGAAUUUUUGUUUGCUAAGACUGGUUACUCUGCAAACCCUCAGUACAAGAUUGUUGGUUUUCAAGUAAAGUAUGAUGCUGAUAGAAUCUUGUUAAAUCAAUGCAACGGCUUGCUUUGUCAAACUACAACAACAAGGAAAGUGGAAAUUACUCAAGCUGUUUCAUUUAUUGAUGUUUCUUCAGCACCUCAAACAGAAAUAAAAGAAAAACCAAAAUUUAAAUCGAAGGCGCCCAAUGACUUCUUUUAUCCAUUUCUAUGAAAGGUUAUUGGAAAAACAUUUUACUUUAAAGUUAUUUUCUGUGAUAAAAUGUUUGAGUUAAUCAUGAA